AUGGCGUUCAACCAGGGAAACAAUAAUUCUACGACAAGACCGACAUUCGGCUUUGGUCAGAAUCCAGGCGGAUUCUCUUUUGGUAGCUCGACUAAUGCAGCAUCUCCGUCUUUCGGCGGCGCAAUGCAAAAUAACAACUCAAUAUUAAGUUUUGGCUCGGCGUCUCAAAGCGCAACGCCACUGACAUUCGGCGCAUCACAAACAACAGCAGCGACAUCCCCGUUUGCUACUGCGAUCACUAGUAGUGCGGGAACUUCUCCGUUCGCUGCAGCACAGUCACCACAAACCUUUUCCGGAUUUGGUGGAUUGGGUUUUGGAGGACCUUCGCAGGCGGCCUCUACCAGACCUUCGUUUGGUGGAAUCAAUGCUUCUACAACUUCCGCUCCUGCUUCUACUGGGCUUGGCUUCGGUUUUGGGGGGCUUUCGCAGGCGUCCUCUACCAAACCUUUGUUUGGUGGAACUGCAAAUACCACCACCACAACUUCUACUUCUGCACCCUCUGGGCUUGGCCUUGGUUUUGGGGUGCCGACGCCUACCAAACCUUUGUUUGCUUCCACCAAGUCGCCGCUUGGUGGAGCUGUAAAUACUGCUAAUACUACUAAUUCCACUGGGUUAGGCUUUGGCUUUGGAGGACUUUCUCAGGCGGCCUCUCCUAAACCUUUUUUAGGUGGAAUGUCGCAGGCGAGUUCCACCAAACCUUCGCUCGGAAGUAAUUUCUUUGCUCGAUCUACAACACCACAAACAACGACAUCAACUUCAGCAACGACAUCAAGAUUACCAAAACCAAUUUCAACACCAGCAACGACAUCAGGAUCAGCUCCGACGAUUCCUAAUUGGUUGAAGACUGCAUCAAUUGAAGAUAUUAUGAACAAGUGGAAUAAGGAUUUAGAUGUAUGCGAAAAGGGAUUUCAUAGUCAAGCAAAGGAAAUUGGUGAAAUGGACCGUAAAGUCAUCGAUAAUAUUGGGAAAGUCGGUGAAAUUGCUAACCAAGUUGAAAGUAUCAAAAGCAUUCAGCAAGUAAUUCGUUCAGAUCUGGAUAAUAUAGCUGAGCAAUCCGGGUAUUUGGAGAAAAUAGUUGAACAAUAUGAAACGAAAUAUGCAAAUAUUACUGCAGAGACAGCAGUUGACAAAACGCGCGAGAAAAGUUAUAAACUGGUCGAGUCGAUGAAUGAAGAUUUGGAUAAAAUGGGUCAAACUCUGGCUACAAUAAUAACAGAAGUCAAUCGUAACAUGUCAACAUCAAAUGCUGUUGCUUUGGGCGAUGAAACAGACAUUUCUGCACAGAAUGAAGAGGAGGAUGCGCUUGAUGAAGUUGUCAAGAUCUUGAACGCACACCUAACUUCGUUGCAAUGGAUCGAUCAGACAGCCACAAAGUUGUCUGAACAGUUCAAAGCGACCAAGAUUGCGUUAAGAGAUGCCCAGGGAAAUGGGAAUGGUGUUUCAUAA